AGAAGUUUUUGAGGACAUUUCCCAACACUAUCUGGAGUAGAUGACGUGACUUUGAACGUAAUUGAGUGUGAGCACCUGUGGACAAAGUACUUGCUGCUGUAUGGAUAUGUCUAAUGAUGGAUCGCGGUUGUUCUCUUUUGAUUAUCCUCUUGUCGUUUCUCGGAUUGCUUGCUGGAGUAGGUACUUUUGUUUACUUCUUGUUUGGGGCAAAUAAUAUCAACGCAUCUAUAUUUGCUUUGAUUUCGGGUGUUAUUGCCCUUGCCGCACUUCAUAUUCACUUACUGUACUACAUCAGACGUUUAUAUGACUGGUAUAGUCCUAAAGAGUUGAAAGGGAUCGUGAUUUUUGGUUUGAUAAUAUUCAUCUUAUCUGCAGCUGUUUUUGGAGCGUAUAUAGCUCUCGCAAUUGAAAAAGAGCAAACUUACGUAUUGGAAGGUUGGAGUUAUUAUCCAGCUGCUACGUGUGCUGCUCAUACUCUUCUAUGGUCUUUUGUUCUAUUUAUUUCUGCAUUGGUUUUUAGAAAAAGAAUGUUGCAGUACCCCCCUUUACUUGAAGACGACAAAACAAAUCGACGUUAUUCAUGAACAUUUUAAGCACAUCUUGUAUAUA